AUGGCGGAGGCCCACCAAGCCGUGGCCUUCCAGUUCACAGUCACUCCGGAUGGGAUCGACCUCCGAAUGAGCCAUGAGGCCCUCAGGCAGAUCUAUCUGUCUGGACUUCAUUCCUGGAAGAAGAAGUUCAUCAGAUUCAAGAAUGGCAUCAUCACUGGCGUGUACCCCGCGAGCCCCUCCAGCUGGCUCAUCGUGGUUGUGGGCGUGAUGUCGACAAUGUACGCCAAGAUCGACCCCUCUCUGGGAGUAAUCGCUAAGAUCAAUCGGACCCUGGACGCGACUGGCUGCAUGUCCAGCCAGACCAAGAAGGUGGUGAGCGGCGUCAUCUUCGGCACGGGCCUGUGGGUGGCCCUCAUCGUCACCAUGCGUUACUCCCUGAAGGUGCUGCUGUCCUACCACGGCUGGAUGUUCGGCCAGCACAACAGGCUGAGCCGCACCACCAAGAUCUGGAUGUUUAUGGUCAAGAUCUUCUCAGGCCGAAAGCCCAUGUUGUACAGUUUCCAGACGUCUCUGCCGCGCCUGCCCGUCCCAGCUGUCCAGGACACCGUCAACAGGUACUUGGAAUCUGUAAAGCCUCUUAUGAAGGAAGGAGACUUUACACGGAUGACGGCUCUGGCACAAGAUUUUGCUGUCAAUCUGGGACCGAGAUUGCAGUGGUAUUUGAAGCUAAAAUCCUGGUGGGCUACCAAUUAUGUGAGUGACUGGUGGGAGGAAUACAUCUACCUCCGAGGACGAGGGCCGCUGAUGGUCAACAGCAACUACUUUGCGAUGGACUUGCUGUACAUCAGGCCGACUCACAUCCAGGCGGCAAGAGCUGGCAACGGGAUCCACGCCAUCCUGCUCUACAGACGCAAACUGGACCGGGAGGAAAUCAAACCAACUCUUCUUUUGGGGUCUACGAUUCCGCUCUGCUCCGCCCAGUGGGAGCGCAUGUUUAAUACUUCCCGGAUCCCGGGAGAGGAGACAGACACUAUCCAGCACCUGAGGGACAGCAAGCACAUCGUCGUCUUCCACCGGGGCCGCUACUUCAAGGUCUGGCUCUACCACGACGGCCGGCUGCUGAGGCCCCGGGAGAUCGAGCAGCAGAUGCAGCGGAUCCUGGAGGACCCGUCGGAGCCACAGCCUGGGGAGGCCAAGCUGGCGGCGCUCACAGCGGCGGACAGGGUCCCCUGGGCCAGGUGUCGCCAGGCCUAUUUUGGACAUGGGAAAAACAAGCAGUCUCUGGAUGCCGUGGAGAAAGCAGCGUUCUUCGUGACGUUAGACGAAACGGACCAGGGAUACAGGGAGGAGGACCCGGAAACGUCGAUGGACAGUUACGCCAAGUCCCUGCUGCACGGCCAGUGUUUCGACAGGUGGUUUGAUAAAUCAUUCACGUUUGUCAUUUUUAAAAACGGCAAGAUGGGCAUUAACGCGGAGCACUCCUGGGCCGAUGCACCCAUCAUGGGUCACCUUUGGGAGUAUGUCAUGGCCACGGACAGCUUCCAGCUGGGUUACACAGAGGAUGGACACUGUAAAGGAGACCCCAACCCGAACAUUCCGUACCCCACCCGGCUGCAGUGGGACAUCCCGAAGGAAUGUCAGGAGGUCAUUGAGACUUCGCUGAGCAGCGCCAACCUCCUGGCCAACGACGUGGAUUUCCACUCCUUCCCAUUCCGCACUUUCGGUAAAGGGCUGAUCAAGAAAUGUAAAACCAGCCCGGACGCCUUUGUGCAGCUCUCGCUCCAGCUGGCUCAUUACAAGGAUAUGGGUAAAUUUUCCCUCACCUACGAGGCCUCCAUGACCCGGCUCUUCCGAGAGGGCAGAACAGAGACCGUGCGUUCUUGCACCACUGAGUCGUGCAACUUCGUGCUGGCCAUGAUGGACCCCACACAGACGGUUGAACAGAAACUCAAGUUAUUCAAGAUCGCAUCUGAGAAGCAUCAGCUUCUGUACCGCCUGGCGAUGACUGGCGCGGGGAUUGACCGCCACCUCUUCUGCCUCUACGUGGUGUCCAAGUACCUCGCUGUCGACUCCCCUUUCCUGAAGGAGGUCCUAUCUGAGCCUUGGAGAUUAUCCACCAGCCAGACCCCUCCACAGCUGGUGGAGCUGUUCAAUUUGGAUAGGAAUCCGGACUACGUGUCGAGCGGAGGAGGCUUCGGGCCGGUUGCUGAUGAUGGCUAUGGGGUGUCGUACAUUCCCGUUGGUGAGGACUUCAUCAGUUUCCAUAUAUCCUCCAAGUUCUCCUGUCCUGAGACGGAUUCUCAUCGCUUCGGGAAGAACCUGAGAGAAGCAAUGAUCGACAUCAUCAGUUUGUUCGGGUUCAGCCCCAAUUCCAAGAAGUAA